GCAAAGGUUAUCUAUUUUCCAUUUCCUUAAAUUAAUCAUCUGACUCUUUCUCUACUAAUGGGAGAGCACGAUUUCUUGUGGGUAUAGCAUUGCUCUGUUUAUGCACACUUUUUCUUUUUCAUUCAUUUCUUCAUCUCCAAAAUUUUCUCGGUCUAAAGCUGUAGCAGAAAGCCUAUUUUCGACCAGUGUGUUAGCAGAUUAAGAGCAUGGAUACACCAGUUUCCAGCAAGCCAAUCAAUAAAAAAAAUCCAGAUACAAACCAAUGAUGUAAAGAAAAGAGAAGGAAGUAAGGGAAAAAUAAGAGAGAGAAAAAGAUUGAAACUUUGGUGUUAUGUUGUUGGAGAAAGAACAAAGAGAGAGGCUUUUGUUUUCCUAAAUGGCACUCUUCCGUUGAAAGGUCAAUUUCUUUUGAUAAGAGGAAAAGGGAGCAAAAAGGGUGGACACUAGAUAAUUUUACCACUCAUGCUUUGAUCCGCGUGCUUUGAUGGCAAAAAGACUGACCCCUCUAAAUUAUGCUAUACGUAAUUUUUCACUUUUCCUUUUUGCUGUUGAUGGGUUUUUGAUAGAGUGAGGAGGAGAAGAGGAAGCCCCACUUAGAUUUUUCAGUAACUUUUGCAGUGUGUUUUAUUCCUUAACUUCGGAUUUUUGGGGCAUGUGUUUUAUUCCUUAACUUAGGAUUUUUGGGGCAUGCUCUCUGUCCAAUUUGAUUGGUUCCUCUCAUGCUUCUAGAUUCCCUGAAUAAUUUUCUUGGCUCUAUUUCUCUCUGUCCUUCCUAAUAACCAUGUAAUUCCUUUCUUUAGGUCCCUUUCUUUUGAUUUCUUUCGAGAAGAAUAUGCGAAUUUGCCUCUUUGAUAAAAGGUGUGAUUUUUGGAUGGAAAGAUGCUGUCUUUUUGGUUGAUUGUUUGAUAAAAGAGAUGGGUUCUUUCGGCGUGUUUUUGGGGUUGAAGUAAGAAAGGGAGAGGCCCUAGAUACAUGGGCUCUGUUGAAGAGAAGUUGAAACCUGGAGGCUUGGUUGGUGGGGCACAUAAUCUGCUUGAAGAGAUGAAACUGUUGAAAGAAAUGCAGGAUCAUUCUGGGACAAGGAAGAUAAUAAAUUCCGAGCUAUGGCAUGCUUGUGCAGGUCCAUUGGUUACCUUGCCCCAGGUUGGAAGCCUGGUGCACUAUUUUCCUCAAGGACACAGUGAACAGGUUGCAGUUUCCACCAAUAGAACAGCAACUUCACAAACACCCAACUAUCCUAAUCUCCCUGCUCAAUUGUUGUGCCAAGUUCACAAUGUUACACUCCAUGCAGAUAAAGAAACAGAUGAGAUAUAUGCCCAAAUGAGCCUUCAACCUGUGAACUCCGAAAAAGAUGUUUUUCCCAUACCGGAUUUUGGGGUAAAGCCUAGCAAACAUCCAACUGAAUUCUUCUGCAAAACUUUGACGGCAAGUGAUACAAGCACACAUGGUGGCUUCUCAGUUCCUCGGAGGGCUGCAGAAAAGCUCUUCCCCCAAUUGGACUACUCGAUGCAACCUCCAACUCAGGAGCUUGUUGUACGAGAUUUGCACGACAAUACGUGGACUUUUCGUCACAUAUACCGAGGUCAGCCGAAGAGACAUCUACUCACAACUGGUUGGAGUAUGUUUGUUGGUGCAAAGCGGCUUAGAGCGGGUGAUGCUGUUCUAUUUAUCAGGAAUGAAAAAUCUCAAUUGUUGCUGGGAGUUAGGCGUGUUAACCGUCAGCAAACAGCUUUACCAUCUUCAGUGCUGUCCGCUGAUAGCAUGCACAUUGGAAUCCUUGCUGCUGCAGCUCAUGCUGCUGCUAAUAGAAGCCCGUUUACUAUUUUUUACAACCCAAGGGCAUGCCCUUCAGAAUUUAUCAUUCCUUUGGCUAAAUAUCGAAAAGCUGUAUACGGUACACAAUUCUCUGUUGGUAUGAGGUUUGGAAUGAUGUUUGAAACUGAAGAAUCAAGUAAACGCAGAUAUAUUGGCACUGUUGUUGGUAUAAGUGACUUAGAUCCACUCAGAUGGCCAAAUUCGAAGUGGCGUAAUCUUCAGGUCGAGUGGGAUGAGCCUGGAUGUGGUGAUAAACAAAAUCGAGUUAGUCCAUGGGAGAUCGAGACUCCUGAAAGUCUCUUUGUAUUUCCAUCCUUAACUGCGAGUUUCAAACGCCCUUUCCACUCUGCGUUCAUAGGAGCACAAACAGAAUGGGAUAGUCUGAUUAAUGGACCUUUCAUUCGAAUUCCUGAAAAUAGAAACACGGACUUUCAGUGUUCCUCGGUAUCAACCCUGUGGUCCGAGCAGUUAAUGAAGAUGCUUAUGAAACCUCAUGGAGUAAACCGUCCUGGUAAUGUUGCACCUUCUAUGGGAGAAACGAUCAUUAAUGAUGCUGCCUUGCAAGAAUCUAAGGCUCUGAUGCAAUCAGAAAUCAAGCAGAAACCUGAGCCGAUCCAUCCAGAAACAGCAUCACUACAAAAGGAAACUUAUCCUCAAAGCUUAGUUGGCCAACCAAAUACCACCAACUCGAGCAAUUUUGGAACUAGUUUGGAAUUGGAAAAAUUAGAACCUGAACUUGCUAAGAAUCAGCUAAGCCAGUUUGAAUCAGAGGGGCCGGGGCCGACCAAUGAAGACAAACUAUCGGUGAAGCCUUCUAAUCCUAAUAAUCUUGUAGCUGAUCUUGCAAUUAUGAACCAGAAUGGUGGCUCAUUACCUUUGCAAACAAGUCCUUGGAUCAUGCAAUCACUUCUGGAGUCGCAAAUAUUGCAGAGUCCACAAAGUGAUUUAUCCCAAUUAGAGUCUGCUAAUGUCAAUAGCUUUCUUCAAAACCCUGGUCGGAUGGAAUGCAAUUCAUACAUGCCCGUGUGUCAUCCUCUGACUGCAUCUUUUAGCACUCCGGGAUAUUCAUCCAUUUUGAAGAGAUCUGACCAGACUACUACGUCAGCAGAAACUGUUUGUCCUGUACUGCCUUCAACAGGACAAGGACUGUGGGAUCCUCAGUUAAACAAUCCCAAGUGUGCCUCCCAGGAAAACCUUCUUGAUCCAUCACCCCAUCAUGACUUGUCUAAUCUUCAGUAUGCAUCUUGCUCAUAUGGCUUGAAAGACAUGUCAGAAGAGAGCCAUGUCCAGAGUGAUAUAUACGAUUGUCUUACUAUUGACGGUAAUAACAGUGGAAGUACAGUUAUUGAUCCUUCCAUUUCGAACACAAUAUUGGACGAUUUUUGCACGUUAAAGAAUGCUGACUUCCAUAAUCCUUCAGAUUAUCUCAUGGGAAACUUCAGUUCGAGCCAAGACGUUCAAUCUCAGAUUACAUCAGCUAGUCUAGUAGAUUCUCAGACUUUCCCUCUGCAAGAAUAUGCUGACAAUUCAGGCAGGGCAUCCUCAAGCAAUGUGGAUUUCGAUGACAAUACUCUUUUGCAGAACAGCUCGUGGCAGAAAGUGACUCCACGGUUCCGAACCUAUACAAAGAUUCAGAAGGCUGGAUCAGUAGGAAGGUCGAUUGAUGUCUCAGGUUUCAAGAAUUAUGAUGAACUGCGCUCUGAAAUUGAACGCAUGUUUGGACUAGAAAGGUUGCUCAACGAUUCUGGUUCUGGCUGGAAGCUAGUUUAUGUGGAUUUCGAAAAUGACGUUCUUCUUGUUGGGGAUGAUCCUUGGGAGGAGUUUGUUGGUUGUGUGAGAUGCAUCAGAAUAUUAUCGCCCUCGGAAGUUCAACAGAUGGGUGAAGAGGGGAUGCAGCUUUUGAACUCUGCUGCAGUGCAAGGGGUAAAUAGAGGAGGAGGAUUCCAUCGUGAUGGUCAGAACUGAUUUAUGCAGUAUAUCUGUUUAUUGCGAAAUUGGAAGAUCUGCUGAAGGAAAUCAUGAAGCCAUCUAGAAUUGACACAGGUAGAUGUUCAGUUCUGUGGUACCAAUAUAUAAAAGCUUCUUUUUGACGCGUGGGAUUGUAAUGUAUGAGUGAACUCAGAGAUCAAAAAAGACGUUUUUAAUGUAUGGAGUCUUAUGAUUGGCAUAGAGCCAUGUAUUUAAAUGAAAGCUAGCAUGAAUAUUAUUUCCAGUGAAGGCAAUAUCCUAAGUGGGUUCCAAUUUGCA